AGCAACGAACACACACGCACAAAAAAAAGAGGGGGGGAGAGAAGAAAAGAAAAGGUAUUUUUUUUUAUUUGGUGUGUGGAGAGAUGGAGGAGCAGUCGAGACUUCGCCAUCCCCAUCCCGGGGUCAGCAUCCCCGGCCUCAUGCAACCGGAGAGCGGGGGAGAGGCCGAGGGGAGGAAGCAGCAGGACAUUGGAGAUAUCCUCCAGCAGAUCAUGACCAUUACAGACCAAAACCUGGAUGAAGCUCAGGCGAGGAAACACGCUCUGAAUUGUCACAGGAUGAAACCGGCUCUCUUCAACGUGCUGUGUGAGAUUAAGGAGAAAACAGUGCUGAGCAUCCGAGGGACCCAGGAAGAGGAACCCGCGGACCCACAGCUGGUACGGCUGGACAACAUGCUGUUGGCAGAGGGGGUGGCGGGGCCGGAGAAAGGAGGGGGCUCAGCUUCCGCAGCCGCUGCCGCAGCAGCCGCCGCCGCCGCCGCUGUCUCCGGGGGAGGGGCUACCGACACCUCGGCCGAGCACUCAGAUUACCGGGCCAAGCUCACCCAGAUCCGACAGAUCUACCACACCGAGCUGGAGAAGUACGAGCAGGCCUGCAAUGAAUUCACCACACACGUCAUGAACUUACUGAGAGAGCAGAGCCGGACUCGCCCCAUCUCCCCGAAGGAAAUCGAGAGAAUGGUCAACAUCAUCCACCGCAAGUUCAACUCCAUCCAGAUGCAACUCAAACAGAGCACGUGCGAAGCGGUGAUGAUACUACGCUCACGAUUCCUGGACGCACGGAGAAAAAGACGUAACUUCAGCAAGCAGGCGACGGAGAUCCUCAAUGAGUAUUUCUACUCUCACCUCAGCAACCCCUACCCCAGUGAAGAAGCCAAGGAAGAGCUGGCAAAGAAGUGCAGCAUCACAGUGGCACAGGUAUCAAACUGGUUCGGUAACAAGCGAAUCCGCUACAAGAAAAACAUAGGCAAGUUCCAGGAGGAGGCAAAUCUGUACGCCGCCAAAACAGCGGUAACUGUGACAAACGUGACAGCUCAAGGAAGCCAAGCCAACUCCCCGUCCACUCCCACCUCCACUGGUACAGAAUCGUGCUACAGGUCAAUGGGAGGCAAUAGCCCUCCAGCACCAAGACCCCCAGGGCGGACCUUGUGUACGGGCUUAGAGAGUUCGUCGACUUCGUAUAACAUGGCUGGCACAGGAGAUCUGUACAUGAGCAUGCAGGCUCUGAAUGGGGACUCUUACCAGGCAGUCCAGGUCGGAGCUAAUGUGCAACUACAGGUGGACUCGCUGCGCCAUGUUAUCAACCAGACAGGCGGCUACGGUGAUGGUCUGGGAGCUGGCAGGAUCUAUAGCCCACAGGCCCUGAAUACUAAUGGCGGCUGGCAGGAUGCAACCACCCCGUCCUCUGUGACAUCGCCAACGGAAGGGCCCGGAAGCGUCCAGUCUGAUACCUCCAACUGAUCUUCUAGCAACAGGGCAGCCAAUGGGGCGUUCACUCUGCACUGACCAA